UCAUACGUUUGUCGACUUAACCGCCAUCUUCUCAUCACAAAACUGCUGUAACGCUAGACGGGAUACCCUAAGAGGAUCUAGGCGCAAUUAACAGCUUGUUAGUAUUAGCUUGUUAGUGAAAAUACCAGCCAAGUGCUAAUUCAUUCGAGUAUAAGAUAAUUCUGAAACUUGUUUCGCUCGAUAGUGUAGGUAAUUUAACGAUUGGAAGAAGGAAAAAAAAACCGGUGGGGAGUCUCAGGGCAUUAGCAAGCUAGGUAGCUACUUUGAAAAGUUGGCUAACGUUAUAAGGCCUUAGUGUUUUUGUUGUCGUAAUUUAGGGAUUUUGCAGGAAAUGAGGGGGAGUUCAUCAUAUGGAGACAGAGACAGGGACCGAGGACGCGACAGAGGUCGCCUCUCUCCUAGCCCUCGUUUUGGGUCAAGUCGGGGUGGCCCUCCUCCCAACAAGAAGUUUGGGAACCCAGGGGAGCGCCUACGCAAGAAGAAAUGGGACCUAGAUGAGCUGCCCAAAUUUGAGAAGAACUUUUAUAGCGAGCACCCUGAGGUGCAGCGCAUGACCCAGUAUGACAUUGAGGAGUUUCGCAGGAAGAAGGAGAUCACCAUCAGGGGGUCAGGCUGCCCCAAGCCAGUCACCAGCUUUCACCAGGCCCAAUUCCCCCAGUAUGUGAUGGACGUGCUGAUGCAGCAGAACUUCAAGGAGCCCACGGCCAUCCAGGCCCAGGGCUUCCCUCUGGCGCUGAGCGGGAGGGACAUGGUGGGCAUUGCCCAGACCGGAUCUGGGAAGACCCUCUCGUAUCUUCUGCCUGCUAUAGUGCAUAUCAACCACCAGCCAUACCUGGAACGAGGAGAUGGACCCAUUUGCCUGGUCCUGGCUCCAACCAGAGAGUUGGCCCAGCAAGUGCAGCAAGUGGCAUUCGACUAUGGCAAGUCCUCCCGCAUCAAGAGCACCUGUGUGUACGGGGGGGCACCCAAGGGGCCUCAGAUACGUGACCUGGAGAGAGGAGUGGAGAUCUGCAUAGCCACGCCCGGCCGUCUUAUAGACUUCCUGGAGGCGGGCAAGACCAACCUGCGGCGCUGCACCUACCUGGUGCUGGAUGAAGCCGACCGCAUGCUGGACAUGGGUUUCGAGCCGCAGAUCCGCAAGAUUGUGGACCAGAUCCGGCCUGACCGGCAAACACUGAUGUGGAGCGCCACCUGGCCCAAGGAGGUGCGCCAGCUGGCCGAGGACUUCCUGCGGGACUACGUGCAGAUCAACGUCGGCGCCCUGGAGCUCAGCGCCAACCACAACAUCCUGCAGAUCGUCGACGUCUGCAUGGAGAGCGAGAAGGACAACAAGCUGAUCCAGCUGAUGGAGGAGAUCAUGGCCGAGAAGGAGAACAAGACCAUUAUCUUUGUGGAGACCAAGAAGCGCUGUGACGAGCUCACCCGCAGGAUGAGGCGAGAUGGGUGGCCAGCAAUGUGUAUCCAUGGUGACAAGAGCCAGCCAGAGAGAGACUGGGUACUGACAGAGUUCCGCAGUGGCAAAGCGCCCAUUCUCAUUGCCACUGACGUGGCAUCCCGUGGUCUGGACGUGGAGGAUGUUAAGUUUGUCAUCAACUACGACUACCCCAACUCCUCAGAGGACUACGUGCACAGGAUCGGCCGUACGGCCCGCAGCACCAACAAGGGCACGGCCUACACCUUCUUCACCCCGGGGAACCUGCGCCAGGCCCGCGACCUGGUCCGGGUUCUGGAGGAGGCCCGGCAGGCCAUCAACCCCAAGCUGCUGCAGCUGGUGGACUCCGGCCGCGGAGGAGGAGGGGGUGGCAGGUCCCGUUACCGCGGCAGCGGCUCCAACUCCAACAACCCCAACCUGAUGUACCAGGAGGAGUGCGAGCGGCGCAUGCGCACCGUGGGCGGGGCCAGCAAGGACAGCCGCGGCGGCAGCGGCGGGGGUGGAGGCAGCAGCGGGGGCAGCAGCUUCAGCCGGGACAGCAGGGGUGGAGGGGGCAGCCGGGACGGGGACAGGUCCUCGUCCUCCUCCUCGUACAGGGACCGCAGUGGCAGGGACAGCCGGAGCGGAGGCAGUUACGGGACCGCGGCAAACUCCACCUCCUCUUUCGGGGGCAUGGGAGAGCAGUACCAGGCCUACAGCGGGGCCGGCGGUGCCCAGUAUAACUCCAGGGGCGGGCCCCAGGCAGGGGCCAGCGCGCCUGGAGGUAGCAGCGGGGUCCAGGAGCAGGCAGUCCAGCAGCAGGGACAGUUUGGGAAUUUAGGCGGUAGACCCGGCCAGCCCCCUCCACCUCCAGCGGGACCCCAGCCCCUGAUGGCACAGCAGUUCACCCCACCUCAACCCAUGAUGGGGUUCAUGGGACAGGGCCCCUACCAGUUUGCACCUCCACCUCCUCCCCCCCCUCCUCCCCCUAGGAAAUAAAGGCAGUUGUGUACCUUCUUCCCUAGCAAUAGGUGCAUUGAUCAGUUAAACAGAAAAGGCCCCCCAACCCUUUUUUAUAGCCAUGAAAUUGUACCCAUGCUACCCUUUCUUUCCAGGGUUUGAAGGUAGGGAACUGUUGGUAUUUUGUCAAGGGACGGAGGAGAUUGUAUUAGCGUUUCAACUUGGUAAGGUUUUGGGAAGG